AUAGAGGAAAAUGGCAGCGCCCACGAAGCACGCGCUCUCUCUUCAAAUCCUCGCCGAAUGUGGCACAACGAAAGCAAGAGUCUGUAAAAUGCGGCUUCCCCAUCAAGUUGUAGAUACGCCAGUAUUCAUGCCAGUUGGAACUCAAGGAACUAUGAAAGGGGUGACUUGUGAGCAACUGAAGGAGUUAAAUUGCCAACUUAUUUUAGGAAACACAUAUCACUUGGGGAUGAGACCCGGUCCUGAUACGUUGGAUAAGGCGAAAGGGCUACAUCACUUCAUGGACUGGGAUAGAGCAUUGCUAACAGACAGUGGUGGGUUUCAGAUGGUGUCCCUUUUGAAGCUUGCCGAGAUCACAGAGCAAGGUGUCAAGUUUGAGUCCCCUUACAAUCAGAAGGAGAUGCUACUCACACCAGAAAGGUCCAUCGAGAUACAGAACAGCAUCGGUGCGGACAUCAUCAUGCAGCUCGAUGACGUGGUGCACAGUCUGACGACAGGGCCUAGGGUGGAGGAGGCAAUGCAUAGAUCAGUUCGUUGGCUAGACCGGUGUAUAAAGGCCCAUGGAAGACCUCAUGAUCAGAAUCUGUUUGCUAUCAUUCAAGGUGGAUUAGAUCAGGACCUCCGAAUACAGUGUGUCAAAGAGAUGGUCAAACGCGAUACACCAGGGUAUGCUAUAGGAGGCCUGAGUGGUGGGGAGGAGAAGGAUAAAUUUUGGAGAAUGGUAUCAUUAUCAACCGACCACUUGCCCAAAAAUAAACCUAGAUAUUGCAUGGGUGUCGGCUAUGCUGUAGACCUUGUUGUCUGCUGUGCACUAGGGGUGGAUAUGUAUGACUGUGUCUUUCCAACACGAACAGCAAGGUUUGGGUGUGCCCUUCUAAUGGAUGGUCAACUUCAACUGAAAAACAAGCAGUUUGCCAAUGACUUCCAACCAAUUGACAAAGAUUGCAAGUGUUUUACCUGUCAGCGCCACACCAGAGCCUACAUACACUCUAUAUGGAGUUACAGUACUGUGGCUUGUCAGCUACUUAGCAUUCAUAACAUAGCUUUUCAGAUGAGACUAAUGAAGAAUAUACGAGAGAGCAUCAUGGAGGGAAGGUUCCCGGAAUUCAUCAGAUCCUACUUUAAGACAGUUUAUCCAGACAAGAACUACCCAACCUGGGUCCUUGAAUCACUCGCCUCGGUCAAUGUAGAAUUGGAGAGAUGACAGCGUUGUGAGGCCAGGGUUUGUUACUUACAUCAGUACUAGGCAGGGCCCUGUUUCAUAAACCUACAUGCUCAGGGCAAGCUGCAUUGAUAUUGUUGUAAGCUACUGAAAUAAUAUCACUCUAUUGGCUGAGACCAAUUUUAAGAACGUAUUGAACCGUGCCAGUGAAACUAGGGUCUAAGUUGUCUCAGUUUGGUUCUCCAACAAUGGAGAACAAUUAAGCCGGGGACUCGGCAAGAUGUCUUUCAUAGAGUUGACAUCCAAGGGAGUGUUUUACAAAACAAAUAGUAAGUGAUUUUUACUGAUGAAUUUGCCCGACCCGAUCGGUUGCAAGGAUUUGGUGGCUUAUAACAAUAGUCAGUAGAAUCAUUUGAAUUUUAUUUGUUUUAUGAAAUGCUCUCUACAAAAGGUAUCCUUAGUGAUGAGAUAUCCUCAGGGGAUAAUUCCUCUGAAGCAGCCAGUGCUAAAUAUAUUUAGCAGAGAUACAUGUCAUAUCGCUAUUCUCCUAUUUGAGAACAAAAUAAUGACUACUACCAGUAUUGAACCAGAUGCAACUUAUUUAGGAUUCAAAAUGAAGAUCAGAAAGCCAAAUUUGAAGACUAUAUCUAUGCUAUCGCAGAAGUGGUUUACGGUACACCAUGUGGAUUGUUAUAGAAACAGUGGAUAGAAGAAGAAA